AGCCCCUUCUCGACCAAAACAUCCGACUGCUCCGACUGUCAACAACUCCUCAGUUUUCACGAACAAGGCGUGAUAGCUCGACUUUUACACUGUCUUUAGAGAAGCCUCUGUUAAAACUCGGUACCCCAACGGUCACCUGUCCAGCCCACGGGCCGUAUCCAUGCCGUACAGACCAAACCAGGCUCCGGGGACGCAAUGGAUGUUCACGACCUGUUUGCGAGCUGCAAAAAGGGCGACAUUUGCAGAGUCAGAUAUUUGGUCGAACACAGAGACGUGGAUCUCAAUGUAAGAGAUAACUGGGACAGCACCCCAUUAUAUUAUGCCUGUCUCUGUGGCCAUGAAGAGCUGGUCCAGUACUUACUGGCUAGUGGUGCUAAGUGUGAAGCCAACACUUUUGAAGGAGAGCGAUGCAUGUAUGGGUCACUGAGUGAUCAGAUCCGGCGUUUGUUAAAAGAAUACAACUGCAUCAACACAUGCCCAAUGCAGCAGCAGGAUGCAUUUAACCACUUCCUCUACAUUUUGUUGGAACAAGGACAGCACAGUGAUGUGAAUUUUUUGGUUCAUGGACAAACCUUUCCAGCCCACCGUUGUGUUCUGAGCGCUCGGUCUGAGUACUUCUCUGAAAUGUUUAACUCAAAAUGGAGAGGAAAAACUCUCAUUACCUUAAAACACCCCUUGAUUAACCCAUCAGCUUUUGCUGCAAUCUUGCAAUAUAUUUAUACAGGACGUAUGGAUAUUGAUAUAAGCUUUCUGGAGGAUUGCACACGACUGGCCAAACAGUGUAAAAUGUCAGUUCUUAUUGAAGAACUGGAGAAUAAGUGCAAACAGGUUUAUAAUUUUGUGUCUAAUAAACCAGGCAUUUGUGUGAAAGUUUUGAGCCUCGAGCCACAGAACUGCAAACUGCAGGAUGAGCUGGCCCAGUUAGCGGACUGUGCACUCCCAGCUGAGCUACAGCUUGGAUUUGGAGAGCUUCCUUUCCAGAGAACUACAAAUCUAUCAACAUACCCUGACAUAUGCUUUGCAGUUGAUGGUUACAACUUCUUGUGUCAUAAGGCAUUUUUCUCUGGACGCAGUGACUACUUCAGGGCCUUAAUUAAAGACCACUUCUGUGAAGGCGGUCAGCUGCAGUCUCAGCCCAAUACUCCAGUCAUCACUCUCCACAACAUCUCCCACGAAAUCUUCAUCCACGUCAUGUUUUACAUCUACAGUGAUGACACUGAGCUCACGAUGGACAAUGUGUUUGACGUGUUGUUUGUGGCCGACAUGUAUCUGUUGCCGGGCCUGAAGCGUCUCUGUGGAAAGACUCUGGGACAGGCUCUUAGCAGGAACAACGUCAUCUGUUUGUGGAAAACUGCUCGGCUAUUUCACCUCUCACGACUCGAGGAUCAAUGCACCGAGUACAUGGCCAAGAUCAUUGAGCAGCUGGUACUUGAUCCUGAGUUUGCUGAACUCAUCAAAGAAGAUGCAGCGAGUGUAAAGGGACGACACGAGACUGAUUCUGUCCCUCUAGUGGACGACAUCCGCUAUCACAUCUCCAGUAACGUGCAGACCUACAGCGCAAUUGAAGAGGCCAGUCAGAAUCACGCAGCCCUGGAGCAGCUUUUGUGCGACAUUAACAUUGAAUGUUAAAGACUUGAAAAUAGUAUAAUCGUUUAUAUUAUAUUUAACAAUUAUAUUUUGCGGAUUUGCCUGAAAUUGGGAUUUAUUUUUAUUUUUUUUUAUUUUUAUUUUUUUUUUGCAGACAUGAAUUUCUAAACAUUGAGUAAAUAUUUGGAUGUUUUUUUUUUUUUUUUUGUCAAAUUACACUUACAUAUUUUAAUUUGAAUUUGACCUUUGUCAAAAAAUGUCAAAUCAAUGAGAAGGGGUUUUUUAACUUGCAAAAUGACCAGGAUACAAAGUCACCUCAAUAUAACAUAUAAUACAUAUAUGUUUAUAUGAUGAAAAAGGCCUGCAUAUAACCACUGUAGCAUGAGUGAGUCCUGCCCCCUUAAAGGCAGCGUUGAGUGUAUGUUCAGAAAAUAGCUUUUAUUUUAUUAUGAGGCAAAGUGUGUUUUUUCAAUAUUUAAAUGUCAGUGUUAACAGCAUGACACCUGUUACCAACAUGUCUUCCAUUUUAUUUUUGUCUUGUGUCAUUACAAAUGGAUAAUAAAGUGUCUAUCCUAAGAAAUAAAGCAUGUUGCAUUGAC